AUGAGCAUAGACAUGACCUCGGAUCCUCCCUUCACCGACGCCUCCGCGCCCGACGCCCUUAUCAACCAUGCUCAAUCGAUAGAGUACUGGAACAGUGUCUCGGCAGACACAACAGGCAUGCUCGGCGGCUACCCACAAACCUCGCGCAUCGACCUCCAAGGCUCUUCGAACUUCCUCACCAAGCUGCGCCGCGCAAAAUCCACCCUCUCUACAAAACAACCGCUACCCCCGCUAGAAAGAGUCGCAGACUGCGGCGCCGGCGUCGGCAGGAUAACAAAGGAGUUCUUACUCAAGGUGAGCAGGCGCGUCGACGUCGUGGAGCCGGUGAAGAAGUUCACGGACGAGCUGGUGCAGAGUUUGGUUAGUGGGGAGUGGGCUGGAGAUGGCGAUGCCGGUACCGGUGCUGGCAAAGGGCAGGUGGGCGAGGUGAUAAACCUGGGGCUGCAGGAUUGGGUCCCAGAGAAGGGUGCGUACGAUGUGAUAUGGAAUCAGUGGUGUUUAGGACACUUGACGGAUGUGCAGCUUGUGGCGUACUUUGAGCGGUGUAAGGAGGGGCUGCUCGAGGAGGAGGAGCGAAGGCAGUCGUGGAUCGUGGUCAAGGAGAACUUGUCGACAGAUUUCAGAGGGAAAGAUAUAUAUGAUGAGGAGGACUCAAGUGUGACGCGAUCGGAUGAGAAGUUUAGGCGGUUGUUCAAGGAGGCUGGGUUGAAGAUCGUGGCGACGGAGCUGCAAAAAGGGUUCCCCAAGGAACUGUUCCCUGUGCGGAUAUAUGCUCUGAAGCCAGAAUGA